AUGUUGGCAUCAAAGAGGCUUCUUAAGCCUGUUUUUCCAAUUAUUUUCCGCCAUAAUCAGAAGAGAAAGAUUUCUGGUUUUUGGAGCGAAAAAAAAGAGAUUAGAUUUGUUUCAAAAUGGGUUUUAAGAUCAUUGUUUGGUGGAUUUAUGGGAACAGUAGUUGGUGUUACAGCGUAUUCAGUGGCAUAUCCUAUGAGUAAAUAUUCAGAAUGGAUUUGUGAGCGAAUUCCAUUGAUUCGACGUAUCGUUGUGGCAGUUCAUGAAUAUGGUUUUUAUGAGCGCUAUGUUGAUAUCCAAGAAAGUAGGAAAAUGAAAGAUAGUGACAUCGAUGAUGAAAGGUAUGCGCCGUAUUUAUCAUCUAAAACAAGGGAAAUGGAAAAUUCAAAUGAAAAGAAUAAUUCAAAUGAAAAGAAUAAUUCAAAUGAAAAGAAUAAUUCAAAAAAAGAGGAACCUCCUAAAGAAAAGCCGUCAGAAUCUUUUCAAUUGUUGGAAGAAGAGAGUUCAGAUAAGUUACCAGAGACGUCUUUAGAGACACCAGUUUUAAAAUCACCUGAACAACCUGUUCAUUCAUCGAUGCAAGCUUUAAUGGACUCUAUUAAAGAAAUUGAGAAAGCAAUACAGAAUUCAAAUGCUACUGGUGAAUUUAAAAAUUAUCUCAAAGCUUUAAAACAGGAGGCAUAUUCUUUAAACAAUUUUUUAGAAAAUAUUGAUAAUGAAUCAAAUAUAACAUUGAAUAAAAAAUUAACAGAACAAAAAGAUUAUUUUGAAGAUCUCUUAAAGGUUCAGGAAAAAACUCUUCAGAUACAGAUGGAAAAUCAGGAGACAUAUUGGAUAUCUGCGCUAUUAUAUGAAUAUGAACGUUUGGAGAUGCUUUAUCGUGAACGUUUAGUAGAAGCAUUAAAAAAACAGGAGGAUGUUAAUGAGAAAAAGUUAAAAAAUGAACUUAUUCAACAGGCAAUUGAAUUACAAAGGCGUUGGAUGCGUGAGAUGAAAGCACGCGUUGAAGAACAACGUGGAGGACGAUUAGGACAAUUAGAACAUCUUUAUAAACAUCUAAAACAGUUAGAAAUACUCUUUUCUCAAAUGAAGAAUUUUUCUGAAAAUAUAAUUCAUAUUCAACGAUUACAAAUUGCAUUUCAAGCAUUACGAAGGACUAUUGAAGAUCCACAGCAAAAACCAUUUACAAAAGAACUUAAUGCAUUAAAGGAUUUAUGUAAAAAUGAUGAAUUUAUACAAUUAGCGGUUACAUCAAUUCCGCCUGAAUCUCAUCAACAGGGAAUUAUGAGUAAAACUCAAUUAAUUCAUCGAUUUCAACAUCUUUCUCAAGAAAUUCAUAAGGUUAGCUUAUGUCCUGAUCAUACUGGCGUACUAGGUUAUAUUUUCAGUCGGUUCUUGACUUUCUUUAUGUUUAAAAAAACCGCUUUUACCGAUGGAAAUCAUGUUCAUCAUAUUCUUGCACGUGCAGAAGCUCAUCUUGAAAAAAGUAAUUUAGAUGCAGCAACACGUGAGCUUAAUCGAUUAACUGGUAUUCCAGGCAAACUUGCAAAGGAUUGGCUUAAUUAUGCUCGUCAAAAUUUAGAAGUUUUACAAGCACUUUAUAUGAUUGAAACAUAUACACUUUUGCAAUCUAUCUUAUUUGUAUAA